UUCUAUUCAUUUUGCAACUCAUUUGAUAAAUAAAAGUGUGAGUUUUUAUGGAAAACACGAAAUUGUCUGAGUGACCCCAAACUUAGGUAGUGUACAUUAGUGACAGCAGCGUCGGCUCGGAUCUGAUCCUCUGGUUUGCGGACUUCGGUCUCUGCGCCGCUGGCUUCAGCUGCGGCGGUGAAGUGUUGUUGCAUAGCAGCGCCCUCUGCUGUGUGGAGGAGACUUGAAGUGACAGUGGGUUCACAACAUGACGGACUGGACUCAAAGCUAUGCUGCUCACUGAACAGCUCCUUCUUCUGUCCCGGUGAUUUUCAAGCAGGAUGACUUUUUGGUUGGUUUUCUUUCUGUUCCCUGUUGGGAUCAGUCCGUCAGUCGUCACAGGACAGGGGCAUGUUUACACAAACCACUGGGCGGUGCGGAUCUCAAGCGGCCCCGAGCAAGCUGAUCAAGUCGCAGCAAAGUACGGAUUUAUCAACCUGGGAAAGAUAGGAAGUUUGGAGGAUCAUUACCAUUUCCACCACAGGAGAGUUUUUCGCAGAGCUGCCUACUCUUUGAAGGGCCCCCACAGCUUCAUCCAUAUGGAUCCCAAGGUGGAUUGGGCCCAGCAGCAGGUAGUAAAACUAAGAGUUAAGAGGUAUGCCCAUAGUGACCCAAACCUCAUUAAUUUCAACGACCCUAAAUGGUCCAACAUGUGGUACAUUCACUGUGAUGAUAAGAGCAGCUACUGUCGGUCAGAGAUGAACAUUGUAUCAGCCUGGCAGAGAGGCUACACCGGCAGAAAUGUGGUGGUCACCAUACUGGAUGAUGGUAUUGAGAGGAACCACCCUGACCUGGCUCCAAACUAUGACCAUCUCGCAAGUUAUGAUGUCAAUGGGAAUGACCAUGACCCUUCACCACGCUAUGACCCUCGCAAUGAAAACGUACAUGGAACACGAUGUGCAGGUGAAGUUGCAGCAGUGGCCAAUAACUCCCACUGCAUCGUUGGGAUUGCCUACAAUGCUCGCAUUGGAGGGAUUCGGAUGCUGGAUGGUGAUGUGACUGAUAUAGUAGAAGCCAAGGCCCUGGGAAUCCGACCUGACUACAUUGACAUAUACAGUGCCAGCUGGGGGCCAAGAGACGAUGGCAAGACAGUGGAUGGCCCAGGACCGUUAACAAAGCAGGCUUUUGAGCAAGGCAUUAAGAAGGGUCGCAAGGGCUUGGGGUGCAUUUUUGUUUGGGCGUCAGGUAACGGAGGUCGGCAGGGUGAUCACUGUUCAUGUGAUGGUUACACCAGCAGUAUCUACACUAUCUCCAUCUCCAGUACCACAGAGAAUGGAAACAAGCCGUGGUACCUGGAGGUCUGCAGCUCUAUCAUAGCCACGACCUACAGCAGUGGAGAGUUUAAUGAAAGGAAGAUUGUGACCACUGACCUCCGGCACCGCUGCACUGAUGCUCAUACCGGCACUUCUGUCUCGGCUCCCAUUGUGGCCGGAAUUGUUGCCCUCACCCUUGAGGCCAAUCUUUUGCUGACGUGGAGGGAUAUUCAACAUCUUCUGGUAAAGACAUCUAGACCUGUGCACCUGAAAGCUGAUGAUUGGAAGACCAAUGCUGCUGGACACAGAGUCAGCCACUUGUAUGGCUUUGGCCUGGUGGAUGCAGAAGCCAUGGUUAUGGAGGCUUCAAAGUGGAGGACUGUACCUCCUCAGCACACCUGCAGUCAAAGACUUGUGCGAGCCACCAGGUACAUCCAUGCUGGUCAAAAUCUCAACAGCAGCAUUACCACGGGUUGUUCAGUAGAACCUGAGCAGCUGGUGGAUUACCUGGAGCAUGUCGUGGUCAGGGUUCUGAUCGCCCACCCACGACGAGGAGACCUGGAGAUUAACCUCAUCUCUCCAUCUGGUACAAGAUCACAGCUACUGGCCAAGAGACUGUUUGACAGUUCCAACGAGGGCUUCAGCAACUGGGAGUUCAUGACGGUUCAUUUUUGGGGCGAGAGGGCAGAAGGAACAUGGACACUGGACAUUACUGACACACCUUCAAAACCACGCAACCCUGAGGUGAAAGGCAACCUAAAGGAAUGGACACUGGUCCUCUAUGGAACAUCUCAGAACCCUUACCAGCCCUACAAAACUCAGCCCUCCCGUUCAAGAACAUUAGAGAUCACAGCACCAGCUGAGGUCCUGGAAGAGCAAGAGUUCCAGGAGGAGGAGGAGUACAAUGGACCAUGUCACCAUGAGUGUGGAGACCAGGGCUGUGAUGGACCAGAUGUUGAUCACUGCCGUAACUGUGUCCACUUCAGCUCAGGCAGCUUGAAAAGUGGCAGAACCUGUGUGAGCCACUGUCCAUUGGGACACUAUGAGGACAUAGGGGCGCAUCGCUGUAGACAAUGCUAUAAAGGUUGUGAGAGAUGUGUUGGCAAAUCUGUUGGACACUGUCUUUCCUGUCAAAGAGGUCUCUAUCUCAACCCACUCAACUCUAGCUGCAUUGAUUCCUGCCCCACAGGCUACUUUGCUGAUGAGAAUCAGAGACAUUGUCUGAAGUGUAAUAUCACCUGUAUGAAAUGCCUGAGCUAUGCAGAUAGAUGCAGUGCCUGCAGUGAAGGUUACAGUCUGGCAGGUAUGAUCUGUAUUCCUGAAUGCACCAAUGGAACCUUUUUCUAUCUUGAAGAGAUGACGUGCAGCCCCUGCCAUUCCUCUUGUCAGACCUGUACAGGACGAGGUAAGAAGGAGUGUAUCCAGUGUACUAACGGCUACCUGCAGCAGGAGUGGAGAUGUGUGGAGACCUGUUCUCCUGGCUACUACUCUGCAGAGGCAGCAGGAGUCCCCCACAAGAUUUGUCAGAGGUGUGAGGAAAACUGUCUGAGCUGCAGUGGCCCAGGAAAAACCUGCACAAAAUGCAAAGAGGGUUACAGUCUGGUCAGCAGGACUUGUAUUGUAAAUGCAUCAUGUAGAAAUGAUCAUGCCUUGCAUCCGGCGGGCCGAGCUGGACCCCCUGGCGGGCUGCAUGUUUGACACCUCUGGUAUAGCCCAUAUUAACAAAUUACAAUUUGUCUCAUAGGGCUUAAACAAGGUGCAACAUCCUCUGUCCUUAACCCUCAACCAGAAUAAGGAAAUACUACCCCAAGAAAUACUCUUAUUAACGGGGGAAAAGGACAGACAGAAGUGCAAUAGAUGCCCUGUGUCACUGAACACAUAAACAAAGUUGAAUUUUUUACAACAUUGAUUAAGAAACAGUUGUUUAACAUAAUGAAAAGGUGACUCAAUAUUUAGUACCUAUACAUUUGAAAAUUAUGUGAUUAUUCUUUACAUUUCACUUUGAAUGUCGCUAAUACUAACCCGAACCUGGCAGAUAUCAGUGUUUCUUCUUAUAUCAUAGUAAGAACUUUAUUCAUGGAUCUUACAAUGUUACUCAAAAUCAAAGACUCCACCUCUGUCACAUGAACACGUGUGUUGUAGCUGGAUAAGAUAACCCAGGCUUAACUGAGACAGUUAACUUAGUAGUGCAGGUUAUCAUGAUGGCCGGUGUUAAGUUAGGUGAUGCUGGAUGAUGAAAAGAUAUCCUGGGAAUGGUGAGCUUGCUUCAUAGCACAGGUCCCUGGUGUCAACAGCAGCUAAGUAGAGAAUAUAUAGUAGUACCAUAGACUGCAUAUGUUUUUUACAGGUUUGUAGCACCUAGUGGUCUCAACAGCGAUACAGUGAAGGGGCAUACAUCAUUUUAGUAUGGGGAUGAAUACACAGUCCAGGAAAAGUGGAAAUGCUUAUUAAUACCGAGCAUGCAAAAUCCCCAAGAUACUGGCGGUAUAUCCAGUCUGGAACUUUGACAGGGAGCAGACAGUAACGUUCUUGUGUUUAGCCAUUGUAUGUUAAGCUGACUACCUGCCUCUCCUCUGCUCUGCUAGCUGAUGAGGUUUUCUGUGACAUGGUCAAGUCCAACCGUCUCUGUGAGAGGAAGCUUUAUCGUCAGUUCUG